UGGUGUUUGUACGAAAUUAUAUUCUGAAACAGAGCGGUUGAUGUUCCGAACACAACUGAAAUGAUCAGCAGUGAGUUGUUUAUGUAUUUUUUUUCUCCAUUAGUAUUGUAAUAUUACAAUGCGCAUACGGAUACCAGAAUAUUUUACGGGAUUAUUGACUUAUCGAUUCGAGUUUAUUUAUCUCGCGAGGAUCUUCAUGCUUGUCGGACUGUACGCUGCAAACUUACCGCAAGACAGAGCUAAGUUGAGCAUGAGUGACAUCUUCGAUACGGCCUUGCCAAUUCUACACCCACUUAUAGAAGCUGGAUCGAACAGAUGCGAAACUUUAAAAAGCUUCUUUGGCUUAACUUAUCAGCAAAUGUUGGAGAAAAACGCCACAGUAGAAGAACUAUCAAUCGAUUUGAUUACGAAGAACGGAAAUAUUAAGUAUAAUCUUACAGCCACUUCGAGACUGAAGAGGUUUUUGGGCAGCGACAAACAAAUUAUCGUAUUAGUACACGGCUUUAGGGAAAGCUCUGAUGGAUGGAUGGUCGGAGGCGUAGCACCGGAAUUACUCAAAGUCGCGGGUUUGAAAAUCCUUGCUUUGGAUGGAAGGAAAAUUAUCAAUUUGGAGUAUUUCAGAUCAUCAACUUAUACAAGGUUUAUGGGAGAACAAUUGGGGAUAUUUUUGAGUGAAAUAAUUAAGGAUGGUGUGGAUCCAAUGAAAAUAUACCUGAUCGGUCAUAGCCUUGGGUCGCACAUUGCCGGGAUUGCCGGAAAAAAAGUCCAGCAGCAAACUGGGCGGCUUGUCGGUCGGAUCACGGCUCUGGACCCUGCCGGGCCGUGCUUCGGUAACGUAGACCCGUCCGGCAGGAUCAGUCGCCAGGAUGCGGUGUACGUCGAUGUCAUCCACACUAACGCUGGCCUACUGGGACUGAAAGAGCCUGUAGGUGAUAAGGACUUUUACCCAAAUGGGGGCAUGACUCAGCCCGGCUGUAUUCUGUCAACCUGCGAUCACAGCAGAGCUUGGGAGUUCCUUGCGGAGUCUGUGAAUUCAGCAAAACAUUUUCCAGCAAGGAAAUGCGAGAAUUGGACAUCGUUCAAAGAAGGUUUCUGUUCUAAGAAUUCGGUAUCGUAUAUGGGACUGGAAUCUAAGGCUGGAGAUCCCGGGCUGUAUUUCUUCACAACUGCCGCAUCAUCACCGUUCGGGCUAGGACCAACUGGUAGCGGAUAAAGUUUUAUUUUAAUUUACAUUAAAUAACAAUUAAAUACGUUCUG